AGUCAUAGGUCAUCGCUUGCGGGCUUAUGGCCUGGUGGUGGAAACCAUUCACCUCCCCUCUGCAUCGGGUCUCACUUGUGCACUCCAGGAAAUGAAAGAUGACGGCUCCCCAUUUUGUAUUCUUGUUGAACAGACUGAUGCAAAACUUUGCUCUUGCACUGUGAUUAUGCUUCAUGAGUCUAUCAAAAUAUAUCGUCAUAUACCCCUGGAGGAUGCACUGGUGCUUCUGGAGGAAGAAUUUAGGAGGUUUUUGACUAAGCAGGAGCAGCAGGAAUGCGCUGGGAUUUCUCAGAGGGCUGGAGAUCUGGUAGAUGACUUCCUGGCACGGGAGUGCCUCACUAGCUACUCCGUUCCGUUGGGCAUUCUGCAUCUUCUGUUCCUGUUAAGCGAGGGAAAACAUUUGUACAGUGAUGAGCUGAGCCUGAUCAUUGACUACCUGAAGACCAGGAAAGGACAACUGGAAGGGUUUGAGAUGCCAGAUCCUUCAGCCGGCAGUGAUCGUUCCUCAUUUCAAAGCAGGAAUAAUACCCCCAUUGUGGGCAGACCACCUCCACUUCUUCCAACCCCUGGCAAGAAGUCCUUGCUAAAUGCUGCUCCCCCAGUUCCUGUCAAGUCCGGUUUGUUAGGUGAUAGGCCGAGAAGAGGUCUCCUUCCCCUUCCAGGCCUGGUCAACCCCAGUCUGUUUCCCCCUCCCCUGCCUCUAGCAGGCCCCUCCAAGAUGCCUGCUCCUUUGGGAUGCCCCUUUCCCAAGCCUACCAAGCGUCCACUACUUGGAGAGAAGCCUGGCCUUUUAGGACCACCACCAGUUCUUUUGCAGUCAGUGCUGCCCAAGCGGGCAGUUCAACCUGUGUCUUUGCUGAAGUAAGGGAGCUCCACUGAGCCUGGAGAACAAUGUGGCUGAUGCCCAGAUGGCAGCUUCACCCUCCUGCAAUGAUAAGGCCCCUGCCUGGCCUGUAGUACUCACGUCCAGGCCGUUGGUACAGAUAUGGUUCCCCUCUGUUUGAUCCAUGGUCCCAUGGAAACUUUUUCACCUUUGGAGUUUUUUGGUGCCAAAGUAGAUAUUUGUGGAAGGUCAUUGUUAUAGACAUUGGACCUUGAAGUUGUUCGAUUAUAUGCAUAUUAAAAUACAAUAAAAACUUCUAG